AUGGUGGGUGAGGAAAAUAACAUGAUGUCUGAGUGUAUCAUUGACAGCAAAAAAUGCAUUAAAAAGGAGGAACAAGACUGUGGUGAUUCUGAUGAGUGGACUACGGUCAUAUUUGUCAGUGCAGAGACCCUGAAAGGGCAUGAUUCUGGUACCAAGAUAGAAGACACCACACCAAAGAGUAGACCUGGAGAAAGUAACUACGGCUCUGAGGGCUCGAUGGGGAGACGCUCCAGAGUUGCUGCAGCGUGUCUGGGCCUGCUGUGCCUUCUCCUACUGGCUGGGAUCAUGGUGCUGUUUGUCUACUAUAAUGUAGUCACUGUCAGUUUGGAGGAGAGGUUGUUAGUUUAUAGAACCAGCAACAACAACCUGACUGAACAAAGAGACGAGCUACAGGUCCAAAACAAAAACCUGGAUAAAGAAAAGGCCGAUCUAAAGAGAAGGUACAAUAUGUUGAAUCAAACCUGCCUUGAAGAAUGGAAGAAGUUUGGUUCCAGCUUGUACUACAUCUCUGACAGGACUGAAUCCUGGGAUGAGAGCAGACAGAACUGUCUAAAGAGAGGAGCAGACCUGGUGAUCAUAAACAACAGAGCAGACAGAACUGUCUAAAGAGAGGAGCAGACCUGGUGAUCAUAAACAACAGAGCAGAACAGGAAUUCAUCUGUACAUUUAAAAGGUUUUUCUGGAUUGGUCUGACUG